AUAGAUACUAGAUACCUACAUUAUAGUGCAUAACCAAACAUUUUGUGCAUAGGAUAGCGGGUUAUGAUUUCCUAUUAAGUACAUUUUACUUACGUUUGAAAAUGGCUUCUUCCCUAGAAAACUUGUCAUUGCAAUCUAAAGAAGACAACAACGAAGACGAUGUGGUAGACCCGUGGAAUGUUAGUUCAAAAAACAAAACAGGAAUCGACUAUAACAAACUCAUCAGAAGAUUUGGUAGUAGUAAAAUUGAUGACGAAUUAUUAAUGAGGAUUGAGGCCGCUACUAAAAAACCAGUUCACCAUUUCUUAAAGAGAGGAAUAUUUUUUUCACAUCGAGAUUUACACAGUAUUUUAAACUUAUAUGAACAAGGAAAACCUUUUUAUUUAUAUACAGGAAGAGGACCUUCUUCAAGUUCUCUACAUAUUGGACAUUUGGUUCCAUUUAUAUUUACAAAAUGGCUACAAGAUGUUUUUAAUGUUCCUCUUAUUAUACAGUUAACUGAUGAUGAAAAAUUCUUGUGGAAAGAUUUAAAAUUAGAAGAAGCAAAGGCAUUGUCUGUUGAAAAUGCUAAAGAUAUAAUAGCAUGCGGAUUUGACAAAAAGAACACUUUUAUAUUUUCAAAUUUACAGUUCAUGGGUGAAUGUCCAUCUUUUUAUGGUAAUGUACUAAGAAUUCAAAAAAGUGUUACAUUCAAUCAAGUAAAAGGUAUAUUUGGAUUUGGAGAUAGUGAUGUAAUUGGAAAAAUUGCAUUCCCUGCUGUUCAAGCUGCUCCUUGUUUGUCUUCGACAUUUCCAUUUAUAUUUGGAAAUGAAAAAGUUCCUUGUUUGGUUCCAUGUGCUAUUGAUCAAGAUCCAUAUUUUCGAAUGACAAGAGAUGUUGCGCCUAAACUUGGAUACUUAAAACCUGCUUUAAUACAUUCAUCGUUUUUACCAUCUUUGCAAGGGGCUGACACUAAAAUGUCAGCAAGUGAUUUGAAUUCUUCUAUCUAUUUGAAAGACACUCCUAAGGAAAUAAAAAAUAAAAUAAACAAGUAUGCAUUUUCUGGAGGUCGAGAAACAGUUGAAAUGCACCGCGAAAAGGGUGGUGAUUGUAAUGUAGAUAUAUCAUAUCAGUAUUUGAAAUAUUUUCUAGAAAGCGAUGAAGAAUUAAUUAAAAUUGAAAAAGCUUAUACUUCUGGAAAUAUGUUGACUGGAGAAUUAAAAAAAAUAUUGAUUGAAUCUAUUUCAAAAAUUGUGAAGGAACACCAAACAAACAGAAGUAAAAUUACAGAUGACGAUGUCAAAGAAUUCAUGACUCCAAGAAAAUUAACAUAAACAACUAUGAUAAAAAUACAAUUAAUUAAUAUAGCAUUUAUAUAUUGUAAACAUGUAUUUAUUAUAUUAAAACUAAAAUACAAUAAUAUAAAUAUUAUAUGAAAAUAUUA